AUGCGGCGACGAUCCAGAAUGAAGGUUCUAAAGAUAUUGCAGUCCUUUUCGCAAGGGACGUUCAUCGCGUUUUUGCUGCUUUUCUUCGGCGUGGAUUGUAUGGGUGAACCAGGGUACCUUGACUUUGACAACCUUCCGGAGACGAAUUUUACCUGCGCGGGCAAAGUGAUCGGUGGAUACUAUGCUGAUCUGGAGGCAUCCUGUCAGAUGUUCCACGUGUGCACCAUCGGGCAGGGUGACGAACCGAUGGACAUCAAGUUCCUGUGCCUGAACGGGACGGUAUUCGAUCAGGAGACGCGCGUAUGCGAGCGUGUCGAUGAAGUCGAUUGCUCCAAGUCGGAGAAGUUCUACUAUCUUAACUUGGAGCUGUACGGCAACACGAUCAUUCCUUCGCCGGAUGAUGGCAGCUCAGAAGAAGAUGGUAGUGAAGGAGGUGGUUCUUCAUCUACCACUAGUACGACGACAACCACAACUACCACGACUACCACUACGACUCCAAAACCACCGGCAACAACGACACCGUCGAGAAGGUUCGUAUUCAACAAUGGCAACAAGGGCUUCACACAGCCCAUCUCAUCCUCAACGAUUGCGACACCGAUGCACGCGUACUCGAGCACUACUCGCAAGCCGCCAUCCGAGGAGGAAGACUACGAGUAUGAGGAUGAGGAGUAUACAGACGAGAAGACAGCCGACCAGGAUUCGGUUGUUGUUCCAGCGCUGGAAGAAGGGGGCAGCUUUUCGCCACAGAAGUUUACACUUCAACAACAACAGCAGGGCAAUCAACCAAAAACGGAACCACCGACCAAAGCCGGUGGUGGAGUCAAACCUGCCGUAUCCUUCCAACAGCAGCACUUCCAGAACGGUGGUACCUUGACCGUCACCAACUCGCACGUCACGGUGACCACGCACACGACGGGCCUUGCGAACAGUGCGAAUGGUGGACCAGCCGGUAGUGGUAAUGAUGGCGCAACGCCACCCGUCAGUGUUACGCAACCCAAAUCCCAACCGUCUCAGCCACCCUUGACGCACAAACAGAAGCAGCAGCUGGAGCACCAGCGUCGUCAACAGCAGGAACAGUUGCUGCAACAGCAAGCCAUCACCAAGCAGCACGAGGAGCUGCAAAAACGUCAACAGGAAGCGGCCGUUAAGCAGCAACAAAAGGCGUUACAGCAGCAGCAGAAACAAGUCCAGCAGCAUGAAGCCGAAAUCAAAAAUCAUCAGGCACUUCUGCUGCUCCACACCCAGAAGAUCAAUCGACAGCAGCAGAAGCAACAAAAUGCACCACAGUCCGUGGCACCACCGCCGACGCAGCGUUCACCGUUCGCUACCGCAGCGACCGGAUUCGGUUCCAGCCAGCAGCAACAGCAAACACAAGCACCAAAGAGAAUACCGCUGCUUGCCUCGUCGUCGCCCCUAGUAUUGCCUUCGCCUGCCUCCCCACUGACACCGUUCCGCUUGAGGGCUCAGGGUUUCAAGCUACCGCAAUCGGUCGCCCCUCAAAUGUCACCCCAGCAGCGGCAGGAUAUAUUGCGCCAACAGCAGCAACACCAACAGCAGCAGCAGCAGCAGCACCAUCAUCAUCAUCACCAGCAGGAGGAACGCUUCGAAGGCUACCGAAGACAACCACCGCCUCAGUAUCCGGUUCGUUUUCAGGUACCGUUGCAUCUACCCUUCGAGCAGCAGCUGCGCAACCAGAAGGACAUCUCGCUACAGUUUGACACGGAGGUAGAAGAUUUGACGCAGAUUCCGCAGCACAAGGAGCUGAAGCGUUCCGAUCCUCCGUUUCACCACCAGGUAAAGAGUCCGGCCGCUUCCAAGGAGCAGAUAGGGGCCGGAGACCGUAAGGUCGACAAUGGACAGCAAACGCACGUCGCCGGUGUUCAGGAGCAGGAUCCAGUGGUGGAGUACGAGUACGAUGAGGAUUACAGUUCCGAGGGGGAUGAUUCGGAACCGGGAAAUCCUAGCCUAGAUAGCGUUAAGUCUAACACCAAUAGUGAAUUUGUUAUCGCCAAGAAUGCAUCACCCGGCAAGACGGGUGACGAUCGCUUCCCGAAGGAAACUGCCAGUGGCACGAGAAGUGAGAGCGAUAGAACUAAUACUAAACCUAGCGCUAAUAGUUCUAGCAGUAAUAGAGUUAAUAGUAAUAAUGGUAGCAGCAGCAGCAGUAAUAGUGGUAGCGUUAGCAGUAGUAACGAUCGUAGCUCUAAGAAACUCUCCAACGGAGGAGGUGGCACAACCACCAGCAACACUAGUAGGUUUAUCAUUAACAACGAGCAUCACAAGAGCCACAGUAGCAGUUCGCCACCGCGCGUGCAGCCUUCGGCGUCUCGUGUCGGUGUAUCGCCGAUGCCGCCCGGCCAUCCAAAAGUGAUCGUAACGACCAGUACCUCCAUUCGGGAUAAUCACGGUCGUACGAUCAACUACUCCAUCACCAGCAACGGUGGCGGUUCCAUUUCGAGCACUGCCACCCCAGCGGUCAGCACUACGGCUCGUCCCAAGGCACCGCAAACGACCGCCACAGUCAGAGGGUACGACGAGUACAAAGAGAGUGACGUUCUGAGCGAUCCGUUUUAUCUGGACGUUCCGCGCCAACGUGCCAGAACCAGACGUUCGUUGGAUGAAGGAGUGCGAUCGCGGCGAAAGCGUUACAUACUGCUCGUUCCUCGAUUCAUGUAG